CUUCAAUUUUGUACAUAAUAUUUAGAUUAUUAUAUAUUACAACAAAUUUCUCAUAACAAAUGGCUACUUUGACGUUGGAAAAACUUGAAGAAAGAUUGGUGGCCUUGGAAGAAUCAAUAUGUCCAGAUGAUAAUAAAAUUUUGAUUGAUUCUCUAUCAUCCUUGAAUGAAGCAUUAAACAACUUGGCAAGUAAAAGAGAGAGAGUUAACUUGGUUUUCAAAAGAGUUCCAGAGAUUCAGGAGUACUUGGAACCUGGAUUUGUCGAGAGUGAAGAGCUUGAUGUAUCAGCUCAACGUGAUUAUAUUAUUCUCAUUGAAGAUGAGAUUAAAAAUAUUACAGAACAGUUACAACAAGUCAAACAAUUAUCCGCAGUAUUGAAUAGUGAACACAUCCGUGAUUAUAGAAAGCAUUUACCGAAAGCAAACCAACUUCAGCUGAAACAGAUAGAACAAAUGGAGGAAACUGAAAAUUUGGGCAGUGACAUCGCUGGACUUCUAAAUCGUUAUAAUGAUUUGACUCGCCAAUUAUCUGAAUAUUUUGUACAAGUUAAUAAUAUUGUAACAAGUUUAGAAGAACAGAAGAUUAAAGAAGAGGGAGACAGAUGAUGAUUGUUAUUAUUUUUUGUGUUGAAGCUAAAUUUUAUAUAAAUAUUGCAUGCAAUUGUACUAGUUCUGUUGUUCAUAGCUACAUGUGGAUGUUAUCAAUGCAGAAAAAUUUUCGGCAACAAAUUGUGGGGUCUUUAUGUGACUAUUUAUUUGGUUUGUCUUUGCAAAUAAAGUCAUGAUUGUUGUGAAAUUAUUUUCUGUUACUUCGAAUAAAGAAAAAUUUAGGUGAA